AUGUCCCAUUUACAAGCAUCUGAGCUAUUCUCGGUCAAAGGCCGAAUUGCCGUCAUCACAGGAGGAGGCAGCGGCCUGGGUCGAGUCAUAGCCCGCGCUCUCGCCGUGAACGGUGCAUCAAAGGUUUUCAUCCUUGGCCGACGCGAGGACUCCCUCCAUGAAACAGUCGCUCGAUCGCCCGGUGGCAUUGUCAUUCCCGUCCAAUGCGACGUGACCUCCAAGGACUCGCUCGAUGCAGCAUACGCGUUCAUCGCAGCACAAACAACGCACGUUGACAUCCUAUUCGCGAACAGCGGCAUCAUGGGACCAAUCAUGCGCUCGCCCCAGCCCAAGGCCGACGGAAGCCUCCCUUCGCUAGCGGAGGUCCGCGACGAGUUGUACAAUGUCCCCAUGGGAGAAUUCACCAAUGUAAUGGACGUGAACGUGACGGGCGCCUACUAUACUGUUCUGGCGUUUCUGCCUCUCCUGGACGCGGCUAAUAAGAGGCGUGCGGCGCCGCAGGCUGGGGUGUUGGCCGCGCCGACGGCGCAGGUGGUUAUUACCGGGUCGAUUGCGGGUUUUAAUCGGAAGCCGCCGUUUAGCUUUGCGUAUAAUGCUUCGAAGUCUGCGGUGCAUCAUCUGAUUAAAAUGCUUGCUACGAGUUUCACGUCAUACGAUAUUCGGGUUAAUGGGAUUUCGCCUGGUCUUUAUUACUCUGAGAUGGCGGAGCAUGCCUUUGGCGGUGUUGAGGGGGGUGGAAUUUCGGAUGGUUCGUUCCCGAGGGAGAUGAUUCCGUUGUCGAGGGGUGGGUCGGAGCAGGAUCUGGCUGGGCUGGUGGUCUGGAUGACCAGUGCCUCUGGGGGAUACCUCAAUGGUAAUAUUAUCGUCACUGAUGGCGGUCGGCUCGCUGCUGUGCCUGCUACCUACUGA